AUGGGAACUACGGGAGGGGGGAUAUCCAAAGUCGCUUGGAAGCAGGUUCCGCAGCCUGCCCGAGGCCCAUACAUCUGGUUAACUGCAAUAUGGGCAUCUUACUGUGGCACGCUACAUGGCUUUAAUUCAUCGGACAUCUCGGGGAUCAUGUCAAUGCCGUCUUUCCAACAUCAAUUUGGCUGGAAUCGGCUUCCCAAAUCAACUAUUACAGACUCUCAAGGCUGGGUAACUUCUGCCAUGUUAUUAGGCCAAGCUGCUGGAAUCCUAAUUUCGGGUCCUAUCAUGGAACGACGAGGACGCAAGAUCGUUAUACUAAUCGCCGCUAUCACGUACACAAUCGGAGCUCUGUUGAUGACCGUGAACUUCGGUUCUUUGGCGGAACUGCUUGCCGGACGUGUCAUAUCUGGCAUUGGGUCCGGCCUAGCCUACUCUCCCGGCCCUGUUUAUAUAUCUGAAAUUGCUCCUACGGAGCUGCGAGGGAUGAUGUCCACGUUUUAUAAUGCCGGGAUCAUGAGCGGAGUUGCAGGGGCAUAUUGGAUCAACUUUGCAGUUUCCGAGGUAAUCAAUCUAUCUAGUAACUGGCAGUGGAGGAUAGCCAUGAUACUACAAAUGAUUCCCUCAACUGUUUUGGUGAUCGGCUAUCCUUUCUUUCCGGAAAGCCCAAAAUACCUCAUGUUACGAAACAAACCACAAGCGGCUAAGGAUAGCCUGCGAAAGCUUCGUGGGGGUUUAGACGAGAACGAUCCAUACUUUGUUCGAGAGUACUCGGAACUUGAAAGACAAGUUCAAACGUCAGAAGAAAAAAAUUGGGAAACUUAUCAAAGAUUCAUUCGACUCUGUGUUAAGAAUAAGGCUACCCGAAAAAUAUUUCUCUUCGUUGUCCUCGUCCAAACCUUUUUUAUCAUGUCUGGAGGAAACUCUAUCACUUAUUACGCACCAAAUAUCUUGACCUCAGUUGGUUUUCAACCCGAGAUGGUCCUGCUUUUCACUGCAAUAUAUGGCACUAUUAAAUUUCUAUCCAUCUUUUUCUACUCCCUUUUCUUGACGGAACGAUUUGGUCGGCGGCCGCUCCUUCUCGUGGGCUCUACUACGAAUCUUGCAUGUCUAGUCUAUAUAGCAGCUUAUCUGGGUAAAACUAAUGUGAACGGAAAAAGUUCAGGUCAAACGUCUCCUGCAGCCAUUGUUGCUGUUGUGGCUAUGUGUCUGUUUGCCGUCGGAUUCGGUUUUGGCUGGGCUCCCGCUUUCUCUCUGACUGCAGCAGAAAUUUGCCCUACUAAUAUUCGUGGCUCAGUGGUGACAGUUGCAUUUCUUUAUCAGAACCUUCUCGGCUUUGGAAUCACUCGAGGGUUUCCAAACAUGACUGAAGCAAUGCACCCAUAUGGUCCAUUUGCUUUAUUUGCCGCAUUCACUUUUUGCUCAACAAUUUGGGUGUUCUUUUCUUUCCCCGAAUGCAAGGGUAGAAGCAUGGAGAGUACCGAGGUCUUAUUCGAGCAACCAUGGUACAAGAUUGGUUUCGUACCCGUAGCAAGCCAAAAUCAAUUUCCAGGGGAUUUGGAGAAGGAUGUUUCUUCUCGGCAUGAAGAGGAUAUCAGUAACAGAAAUUAG